AUGGCCAAAGCAAACCGAGGCAACAACCGAGGAGGAGCAAGGGGAGGGGGACCACCAGGGGGUGCAAGUCGAGGCGGGGCGACGAAUCGUGGAGCUGCAGCAGGGCGCGGUCGAGGCGGAGGAGGGGCGUCGUCAUCACGGCGAUUGCAAUCGAGGGAGGACAUGUCCGAGCUUAGCUUUGACUAUUCCUCGUUGACCGAGGAGGUAUUGGGUCAGUAAGACGACACAAUUGCACGUGCGAGCUUCCACGAGUCGGCUUUUGGCUGACUCAAAGCCUGCUCCGAUUGUCUCCCCCUAUUCUCCCCUCUCGACGCUCGACAUGCUCGUUCACUCAGGUUACAACCUAUCACCUUCGUUCCCCGCUCCCAAGGUUUCUACCCGUCAGAAUUUUCCGCCACCAACACCUCCAAAUGGAGGCCAUUCCGGCUACCACACCCCCAAGCGUGGCGUCGGAUGUUCAGGCGCACGCGACGGGGGUCCAUCUCGGCGCGAAACCAACCACCAUCAGAACCCGAUCUCUUCUUUCCGUGGUCGAGGAGGAGCAGCUGGACUUGGAUCCCAUAAUAUCACAACCACUUCGAUCGGGUUUCGUCCUUCCAUCCGAGGUAGGGGAGGUAUCGUCGGUUUCACUCCCGGUGGUCAUCGCCCGCUGCUUGUGCCCGUCACUUUUGUCGCCGCUUCGGGGUUGACACCCAAGAUGCAGGGCGACCUAGACGUCGAUGAGGUCCCGGGCGAACUGGAAGAGAAAGUGGUGGAAGGACACUUGGUGGAGAGCGUGAGGGAUCUCGAUCAGCGAGACGAGUCUUCGCCGGAAGAUGAGGAGUCGACCUCCGAGUCUGAUGAGCAGGAUGAGGUUGGGGUGGACGUCACGGAACGAAUUGUCGUCAAAGAGAAGGAAACGACACUCGUUGCUGGAGGUGAAGUGAGCGAAAUUGAGGAGAUGGAGGCUGCCCCGUCAUUCGUGAUCGAUUUGACCGCCUCACGAGUCGAGGACUGCUCGGUUCCACCGCCUCUCGUCGUGCCUUCGGACUUUGUCCUCGGUGUUUCGAGCAACACCGCGGCGAAUCGGGAACAAGUUGACUCGGACUCGGAUGAUGAUGAAGAAAUUGAACAGAUCGUUUUCAACCCGACUGCAUCGACAUCGAGCAACCCUUCAUCGAGCGCACCUCGCGCGGCACGGGCAGAGGUCUCACCCCCCACCAUCACGAAGGAGGCCGUCGCGGCACCAGAACCCAUGGUCCAACCCCGCACCAAGAAGGCUCCAGCGCCCAAGUUGACAAAAGCGCAAAAGCGAGCGGGCAAAAAAGCGCGACGAGCCGGUCGACUCCACGUUCGAUCAGGCAACCAACAUCUUCUGGUCGAGGCCGAGAGCUCUGACGAGGACGAGCAAGCCGUUGAUGAAGAGGAUGCGAGACAAGGGCGCGAGAUGUUUGCGCGCUUGGAAUUGAAUGGUGAUGCUGAGGCGAUGCAAGUUGAGGAAGGUGGGGGUAAUGAAGGGGAAGAUAAAGGAGAAGAAGCGCCCAAGCCCCGCGUUGGGGACUCGGAUCUCGAAUGGGGUAGCGAUGGACCACCGGGGAUGGAGACUCGCUCGUCCGCUGGAAUAAGGCCCAAGGCUAAAAAGGAACUACAGAAACGACAGCGGCGCGAACAGAGGGAGUUGGAGAAGAUGCAACGUCUUGCAUCAGGGGCGAGGUCGCAUGUCGAAAAGUUGCUCGGUGGGAACAGAGCUAUGGACGAUUUUGCGAGGAAUUUGUUGGGCGAGACUGAGGAGGGAGAUAUCGAUCUUGAGGCGGCGAGGAGGUUCGCGGAGGGUAUGAUGGGCUCGAGUAGUGGGGUGCAGAAAAAUUUGGACGAGCUGGUUGAUGAGGCGAGGGAGGAGCAAGAGGAUGGGCAAGAGGGUUGGAGGACGACGAGUGGUAGUGAAGACGAGGAAGAUGAAAGUGGGAGCGAGAGUGACGAGUCGUCGUCUUCUGGAUCCAGUGGAGGUGAAGAGUUUGAUUCGAACGACGAGCUCGAGCGUGACCAUACGCUUGGGGAAUCCGAUGCCGCGUGAGUGCAAUUUUACUUGAAAGUAACGUAGUAUGGGCGAGGAAGCUAAUUUGGCAUCCUUUCGACAGAAUUGAUCGAGCCAUGGCAGAUGCCGAGGAGGUCAUGAUGGACGAUGCCUCGUCCCAUCGCGACUCGUCCAUCUCUUCCGGCGCCGAGAACGAUGCAAUCGAAGCGGCCCUCCUGGCUGGCCAAACGAUCCGUCUCUCUUCGGUUGGCGUCAGUGGUCCCGGAGGACGAAGGGACCGAAAAGAACGCAAGCGGGCCAAGAAGGGCAAAGGCCGUUGGGUCGAGUCCGACUCGGGUGACGAGGAGGAUGACGAGGUCCGCAUGUUUACGGGCGAGAACACAUGGGCCGAAAAUGACGAGGACUUUAUCCAAGAGUUGCAGGUGGGUCCCCAAAGGCUCGCUUCGUUUCCGCUACUGCUGCUGAUUUGGAUGGGUUCUCUGGCCACAGGACGUUCUGGAUACAAAUGAGAGUCUACUGCUGGGUUCGGGUCGUAAAAAUAGGAAGAAGCUGUUCAAGGCGGUCCAGAAUGGCAACUUUGACGACAUUGAUCUGAUGCUGGAGGACGAUGUCUUGCUGACGAGCGGACCCUGUGCGUCGAGGCUCGACUAGCAUGCGGCCUUGGGUGGCAACGCUGACUAAUGCCUGUCGAAUCUCUUCGCACCCUUAGCUCGCAAAUCGAAGACCAAGUCCAAGGCCUCGAAACCGGCGUGGGACGGCGAGUUCGCCGACGAGCUACAAGCCCAGUGGGAGAACGACCGUGCCAAGAAGUCGGACUUCAAGAGGAAGCGUGCCCUUGCAAGGGCGGAAGCCAAUGAGGCCGCACCUCACAAGUUCAAGAAGGGGCACGUUCCGCCUGCUUCGUUCGCUGGCUCGUCGGAUGUUGCGGUCAUCAACCUAAAGAUGCGCGAGUUCAUAUUGCACGAUUUGGAGCAAGGUUCUUUGUCGCUUCCUCCCAUGUCCAAGAAGUCUCGCGUUGCGGUUCACUUGCUGUCCGAGGCGUACGGUCUCAAUUCGAAGAGUGUGGGCAAGGGCAAAGCUCGUUUCCCCGUCUUAGUGCGCACGCAAAAGACCACGACGUACGGUGUCGACGAACGAAAGAUCCGCGCCAUCAUCUCCACGGCCGAGGGGGAGAAGAUAUUGGGUGGGGCGCAGUACGGAGGAAGGGCCAAGGGUAAGCAAGGGGGAUUGUGGGCGGCUCUGUCUGGGGAUGGCAAGAAGUCGAGUGGUGCUGGAGGUGGAGGGGGAGGUAUGGGUGGGAAACGACACGAUGAAGGAGCUGUAGUGGGACAAGGGGUGAGCCAGUGUUUGCGAGUUCUUCUUCAGUGUUCAGUGUGCUCAUCGGAUUGAUUCGCUUACUGUGUGCAGGCCGACCGCUUGGGCGAGGACAACAUCGGUUUCGCGCUGCUCAAAAGGAUGGGGUCAGUUUCCACCAUCCGCAUCUCGCGUUCCCAAACUUGACCCUGACAAAAUCUGAGCGUUCUUUUUGAUCUCAGAUGGUCCGAAGGCAUGCAAAUCGGAAGGACGGGCGGUAUCUCGGAGCCCAUCGCCGCUCGAAUCAAGACCAACAAAAGCGGUCUCGGAUCGGGUUACUCGGUCUCGCGUAUCGAGGCGCAGAUCAUGGCCGCUGGUCCUGGUCAAUAG